GAGUCUUGCUAAGACUUGCUCCUUCAACUCUAGUCGGUGUCUUUCAACAACACCCGUUGCGGGUAGUUCCGUAACUACGGGCCUUCUGGAAGGGUACGUACCAAAAGAGUGUAAGCACAUCAUUGCAGUUCCAAGUUGGCAGGCGGCCGAUUACUUACGGUGCCUGUUCCUGACAGAUUCGCGAACUUAGAGCUUGAAAACGCGUAUUUUCACUCAUUCUUCAAAACAAUGAACAUCUGGAACGUUGGAACGCGAUGUCCAGGCGAGAUUGUGGAUGAAAUCAUCGACCACUUACACGAUGACAAGCCAGGCCUCUCCACUUGCGCACUCGUGUGCAAAGCUUGGCUAUCGUCUUCGCGGUUCCACCUCUUCGAUACCAUCUGCUGCGUUGGAGAGUUAUUCAAUGGUACCCUCGGAUUCGACUACCUCGUCAAGUUCUUGAAAGAACAUCCUGAUAUUCGUCAGUAUAUCCAUGGCUUGGGGUUGAGCCAUCACAAGGAUUUUGGUGCACCAAUGAGCCCUCCUGAAGAACGUCCUUGGAUAUGCGAGCACACGCUUGCCGCUAUUUUGAGCAUGUUGCCCAAUUUGCAGGUUCUUGAGAUGCUAGGUGUUCGAUUGGGAGGUCAAGGAGGAGCAUGCAACCCCUGGCACUGGCAUGGUUUUACUCGUGCCGACAUCCCUUCGCGAUUCAAACUGGAUUCACUCGUGCUGCUUGCAGUCGGGGACCCUAACGGGUCGCCUUCGCCCGUUCUCAUGGUCUUAAAUCUCUUUGAGGAACUCAAAGAACUAUUCGCAUCGGAUCUUUACUGGAAGAACACUCAGAAGACAGUCACCGCAUUCACCAAGGUUGAAUUGCCCCGGCUCCCAAAUCCAAAACCCAUGAAAGUGAGGACCCUUACACUUCGCUCUGACGACCAUCUACCUUUCCUCUGUCAAAUCCUACGACGCAUGAAACCUACGCUUCAAUCGGUUCAGUUGGUGGACGUUGAAUGCAGCAAUUGGACGGAAGUGAACUAUGUUUCUGCCGUGAUAAAGGAUGUCGGCUCGAAUCUGAGUUGUCUGGAUCUCGACUUGACCUCUCUCUGGUUGCAAGACAAGGAUGGCGUCGGAACUCACCAGAUCACUCCACAGUCCAACUGGAAAUCGUUGUUCUUCUCUGAGUGUCAUUCUCUUCAGCAUAUUGGGGUCUCGCUCUAUUUCUUUCCGGAGGCCCCUUUGGAACUCACCAACUCUGUCUGGUUCGAGUAUGCUUUGGACAUAUAUUCCGAAACUCCUCAUACCAUCAUGCAUCUCGUCCUUGAACUCGAAUGUGAUGGAGUCUCGCCGGCCACUAUCCUGGAAGACAUGAACUGGAUACGCUUUCAGAGCAUCUUGAAGAACUAUAAAGAUUUGCACAAAGUCACCGUCGAUAUUACUCGCUCACCAGAAGAUGCUUGUGCAGACAAGAAAUGCGAGGCGAUCCUUGUUGAAAAACUGGAGAUUGUGCACAGGAACGAAAUGCUUGAGAUCAUUUUUGCUUGACGUUUUGUUGCUUUUUAUAAUGCAUCUUAUACCUGCGUAUGCGCCAUUUUGAUGACGGAUCGAGCGGUGACAACUCGCGGGUAUGUUCUUAUAGCUGUGACUUGAUCUGCUGUAAAGGUGAAUUUGCUUUCUCGAUGAAGAACAAGACAUUUCAAAUCCGAACCUUAAGAGGGUUGAGCCUUCGACGCAUGUUUUAUUAUUCAUAUUAGAGCGGCGCGGGUUCGUGUUCUCGAAAUUGAACCUUGCCAUUCUGUAGAAGCUUUUAUAACUUCACUGGGUAUUCAGAAGGAUAUAUAGGGAAGAGACCUGUUACCUCGAGGCUUUAUCGGGCGCUCGUGACAGAUAAUAUCUUAACUCCUCGGUGUACCGCCUUUGCACUGCUUGAUCAUUGUCGCUCUAUGUUUGACCUCUUUCCUUGACAGAUAUACGUUUUCUUCCGCAACUUCAUCAUAGAAGCCAACUAUGAGAUGUGAGAAUUGAAGUCGAUGAAAUACAGUCUUUCAAGC